AUGAAUACUGCUAAAUUUCGUAAUCGAAUUUUGUCCUACUAGAAAUUAUAAAGUAACAAUAAACGAAUUAAUGGAUAAUUUAGUGAACCAAAUUAAUUAAGCUCAAGCAUUUUGUUAUAAACACAUGAACAUCAUUCUUUUCCAAAAGCUAAACGAUUUCCUUCAGUUUCUAGAGAAUCAACACCUAAGAUGAUCUUAUUAAGUGAUACAAAAACUAAAAGAUCAACAUCUUUUGGAUUUGGUACAAAACUUAUUAAACCUUUGGACUUGGAAAGAAGAGAUAAAUUAAAUCCAGCUCCUGGGGAUUAUUCAUUAAAGAUUUCUCCAAAUACAAAAUCAUUUUCAUUUGGAAAUAAGUUAGUCUAAAAUGAUCGUUAAGAAGUCCCAGGUCCUGGAUAAUAUUAAUACAAACUACAAUCAAAAACUCCAUAAUUUAGUAUAUAUGGAAAAAUAAUGUAUCUUUAUAUAAAAAAUGUUUAGUGAUAAAUAAAUAUUACCCAAAUAAUAAGCAUCUUUGUUACAUACAAUCCAAAAGAAGCUUUAAUAUUGAAUUAACGAUUUAAUCAUAUAUCCUUUGGUAUAGGAGAAAGACCAAAACAAACAUUUAAUGAAUAAAUACCUGGUCCCGGAUCUUAUCAAUAAAAGUCCUUAUUUGAUUUGAUAUGUGAAAGAAGAAAAUAAAAAGCCUCUAAUUGA